AUGAAGGUUUCUGCGCUUCUGUCCCUCAUUCCCCUGGCUGCCGCCCUCCCCGGCUCUCGCCCGGCUGCUAAGCAUUCCAACGGCACCUUUGGUGUCACUGCUACUCAUUCCGGCUCGCCUAUCCAUUUAUUGCCUCUGACUGCUGCCGGAAGCAAGUUCUGGCUGGGUGGCAAGAGCCAGACCUACUGCCCUGAUGUUGUACCCAACUGCGCCCAGGGUACCAACGACACUAUCAUCUACGCUCAGAAUGCCCUGGACGUCAUCGUUCCUGGUGGCCAGAGCAUCUACGUCGACCGCAACGGCGCCCUGGGCUUUACGACUCCCCACUCGGGCUACAUCCCCCCUGGCUCGUCCCGGGGUCCCUUCAAGUACACCCCCGGCAAGCCCCUCGGUACCUGGACCUACACUGGUCAGGGUGCUUCGGGCUUCAUGGCCUGCCCUGUCCCGGCUAACUCUACUGUUGCUGCACGCUCUGUCCACCGUCAGAAGCCCGUUGCGGCCACCCGCUGGCAGGUGUUUGCCGCGUUGCAAAACGCGACUGUCCCCACUGGCAAUGUGGAUGAUUGCCUUGGCUUUGAGGCGAUGGCUAUUGGCCUGAACAUUUCUUCAGAGCACCUUGCUUGGGAGUACAUCUAA